AUGAUUUUGCAUCCAAAGCCCACAAAAUCCAGGAGAUCAAGGUCCCACAGUGCAAAGCCUGCCAAGAAGACUGAGAGGCAGAAAUCGUCCAAGAGGAGUUCCUCAAGUGCCAAAUCCACCAGUGCAGAUGUGGAUAUCCUCAGCCCAGCAGCCAUGGAGAAUGUUUACUACAUUUCUCACAAUGUAGUAGACUGUCUGGAGUUCAGGGGCUUUGGGUGGCCAAAUUCAAAGAAGAAGAAAAAGAAGGGCAUGAAACGGAAGAAGAAAAAGUAG